AUGUCAGAUCUGGAAAACGAGUUACUCGGAUUGGCAGAAGAUGACCCUACCAGAAGACCAUCCAAGAAAAGGCAUAAUUCAAAUGGAGCAAGUAAGAAGAAGACCAAGGCUUUCGAAGAAUCCGAAUCUGAAGGGGAAGCAGAUAUGGAUUUAGAUUCAGAUUCAGAAGAAGAUGCGAUUGAUCAAAUGGCCGCUGCUGCUUCAUCAUCUCGUAAACCGAAUAAAGCACCAACGAGGAACCCGUAUCCGCUUGAAGGUAAAUACGUUGAUGAGGAUGAUAGAGAAGCACUCGAAAACCUUCCCGAAAUUGAAAGGGAGAACAUCUUAGCUUCUCGUCUUGAGGAAAUGCAAAAGUUCAAAGAUUCUCAAGCUUUGGAUGCAAUGUUCAAGACUAUUGGCGGGGACGAGAAUGAUGAUGAUGACGAUGAUGGUCCAUCUCGAAAAAGAAGAAAACAUACAAGCGUAUCUAAAGAAGCUUCGAGAGCUAUGGCAGAUUUGAAGAACAAGAGAAAAGCGAAAGAUGAACGUGCUCAAAGACGGGCUGCAAGACAAAGUCAACGCAGACCAAGAUCUGCUUCCCCAGGGUCCGACAACUCAACUGAAGAUGGUGAAAUUUCACAUUCACAAUCGCAAUCACAGUCAUACUCAUACAGACAUUCCCCAUUACAUUCACCUGAAAAUAAUAAAAAUCAAUCACCAACCAAAGCUUCUAAAGAAGAUUUGGACGGUGUACCUGCCACCAGACAAGAAAUCAAUUCUGCUAGAUUGAGUAGAUAUGAACUGGUCGAUAUGAUGUACAAAGAUGGCUUCGAGGAUGUUGUCGUAGGCGCUUAUGUAAGAUUAAUGGCUGGAGAACCUGAUGAACAAGGUCGACCAAAAUAUCGAAUUCACAGAAUCAAAGAAGUUGAUACAUCCGAGAAAUUCGGCGCAUACAACAUCGAAUAUAAAGGAAGAACGAUUCGUGAUGCAAGAGGAUUGCUGUGUUCAUAUGGUAAAGCGGCAAGACUGUUCAGAAUCGCAGAUGUUUCCAACGGCGAUUUUGAGGAAAAAGAAUUUUCAAGAUUUUCAAUGACAAAUAAAGUGGACAAUGUGAAAUUGCCUAAAAGAAGCGAAUUGAAGAAGAAACAUGAUGAUAUCAAAAAUCUAAGGGAUAGAUCUAUGACUGAUGCCGAGGUAAACAGACAAAUCAACACCAGAAAAGCAUAUGACCCUUCGGCCAAUCGAUCAGCCUUACUCAAGAUCUCACAAUUACUUUCAACUCGUGAAUUAGCUGUGAGACGUAAUGACGUUGGAACAGUCGAAAUGAUCAAUUCUGAAAUCAUCAAACUAGGUGGUGAUCCUUCAACAGGUCAAUUAGUCAAUGGAGGUGCCGGUGGUUCAGGUGAAGAUGAUUAUGAUUUAAGGAUUCAAAGGAUCAAUGAAAACAACAAGAGGAAAACCAAAGAGAUGAUGACAAAAGCCCAUCAAGCUGCUUUGGCUAAAAAGAAAGCUGAAGAAGCUUUGAUAAAAGCUAAAUCCGCAAGCAUGGAAAGCUCAACAAUCAUUCCUAAACCUGACGUACCACCCGCAUCAGGAUUGAAAAAGGGUGAGACUCCACAACAAUACGUAGCUAGGACCAUUGAUCUCGAUCUUGGGGAUUUCUAA